AUGAUCAAAUCUAGAAGUUACUUGUUAGAGAGUCAUAUACGAGACACUAGCCCUGUACGAAACCGUUCGGGAUUAGAGAAUUCAUCCAUGGAACUUGAGUCUUGUUCCUUUAGCAUUGAUGUGGACAACACGCCAACUCGAGUCAAUUAUCCACCCUUGGAAGAGUACAGCCAGUGCAUUCUUCGAAACUCCAAUUUUAGGAUCAUCAAUGAAGGCAUGAUUCCAAGAGUUUUGCCAGAACCAGGAACAGCAUUGGAUCUGAAUGGUGGUAAUGCUCAGCUGUUGCCAAACAUGAGAACACCAAGGGUUAAUAUGAUUUGCAGCUCACCUUUUGUUUCGAAGAUGGGUCAUAGUUCUGCGAUGAAGGGAAGUUCGCCUGUUGUGUGUGCUUUACCUGAUGAUCUUGCUAAAUCUAAUGAGGUGUAUAGACACAUUUAUGGAUCUAGCUCGUUUACUGAGAGUCCUAUAAUUCGUCGAAACUCAACUGUCAGGACAAAGUUGAAUCAAGAGUAUGGUGCAUCACAAGCCCAAGAAGCAAGUGUUAAUUUUGAGGCCAACACAAGCUGGAAAAAAAGCAAUACUUCAUCAGUGAUGAGUAUCGAGCUGAUCAUAAACCCAGUAUCACCAAAGAAGGAGAGGCAAGAUGCAAAUGGCGAUUACCAAAGUCAAAUUGGAUAUUACGGUGUGAAUGCUGUGGCUGGAUUACUGGAUGUCAAUUUGAUUGAAGAAGAGGAUCAGUCAGACGCUUCGCAGGUGUCUGUGGGAGGUGAUGAACAUUGUGAAGACUAUGAGGAGGAUAACAGCAGCGAAUAUGAUCAAUACAUUGUAACUAUAAAGCUACCAAGCAAGCUUCUCGAUGAAGCUUUAAAUAUUGAUUGCCUUGGUGUGAGAAUAAACAAGAAGCUUCCUAUCACAUGUGGAGAAGACUGCCUUGGUAGAACAAAGAAAAGGCGUCUUUCUCUACCCACAAAGAAGAAACAUAGGUUUAAAAACACAGGGAAGAAGCACCGAGCUACAACCUCCAAGAAAGAGCUGCAUGCUACAAUAUCAAAAAGCAAAGCAAGCACCAGCGAAACGACUAGCUCACUUUCCAAACGAGCAAGGCUGAAAGGGUACGACUCUGACGAGGAGUAUCUACCUCACGAAGCUUCAAGGACCCCACAAUCGAGAAAACGCGUGCAACGAGGUCCUGAUGGCGUCGCAAAGAAAAGAAAAUGUGUCAUUAGGUCCAAGUCUGGAUGCUGGACAUGCAGAAUUCGCCACAAAGGAUGUAACGAAGAGCAACCGAAAUGCGGCCAUUGUCAACGGUUGAAUUUGACGUGUGAUUAUUCUCCAGUUCGUCCAGCUUACAUGGUGAAUGAGAAAUUACACGCGGAAAAGUUGUUGGAGAUAAGACGCCUUACUGAUCAAGUGAAGAAGCGUGCACCUCGUUAUUAA